CGUUUUUCGGGCCAGCUUCGACUCACAGGCGAAAGGCACCCUGUGCAUUGCAAGGCAGCUUGCUCUGAGUCUGAGAGAGAGAGAGAGAGAGAGAGAGGAGGGUGCUUGGCCGUGAAAGAGUUAAGGAAAGUGAACUGGAGUCCUAGAGCGGGAGGUGGUUUGGGGUGGUUUGGGGAGGGGGCUGUGUCUCCCGGAGCCCCUUGCCAGCCGCUUCCCGCCCCGCCUUCGCCGAGCUCCAUUGCAAAGGGCUGCGUCUGGUGCUUCCUUCCCGGGAUCGGGGUCCCAGUUCCUGUCUGGUGCAAACCUUGUGGGUUCCUCGGAAGGAAAGGCUGCUGGCUGCUGGGAAAAGGACUUUGCUUCCCCUGGUGAAUGUUUGAUCUGCCCCGGCAAGGCAGCUCACUGGCUGUGAGGAGUGGAACCUCCAUGUGGAGAGGAAGUAUAGCAGAUAUCAGAGGCUGUAGAGGAAUUACUUGUUUUUACAUUAAACAAUUACAAAUACGUCUAAAUAAAGAAAAACGUUGUGGCCUACCUGGAAAUGUCUUUGUAGCACCUCCAAUUAGCAUAGCCUUUGGCAGACGAGGGAGGGGUCUCUUGAGUCUGGUUGGAGGCUCUCUUGCAACAGUGAUGAAACAUGGAAGACCAAGACUCAGUUGGUCCGGAAGCAGGAAGAGGUCUGGAUAUCAUCCGGACUGGCAGUCCUGAAGUAUUCUGGGAAAGAAAAGUACAGAAGAUCCUGGAUAAGAAGGAGACAGUUAGCUCAGACGUACAUCGCCAGUGUUUCAGGCAGCUCUGCUACCAGGAGGCCAAAGGGCCCCGAGAAGUUUGCAGGCAACUCCACAGUCUCUGCCGUCAGUGGCUGAGACCAGAUCAAUACACGAAAAAUGAGAUCUUGGACCUGGUGAUCCUGGAGCAGUUCCUGGCUGUCCUUCCAUCAGAGGUGGAGAGCUGGGUGAGAGAAUGUAGAGUGGAGACCACUUCCCAGGCGGUGGCCCUGGCUGAAGGUUUUCUCCUGAGCUGGGCAGAGGACGAGAAGCAGGCGGAGCAGCAGGGAAAAGGUCUAUUUGCCAAAGUGGGCACUGAUUUCCUGCAGUCACAGAAGGCUCCAGUGGAUGCCAGAGAGAGUCUCCUGCAAAGGGGGAGCGUUCAGGAAAAUGAUGGACAGGCCACCUCACUGGAAAAGAUGUCAACAAGACCUCCUCGGUCAUCUCUUCUUUGUGCCAGAGGGGAAGCAAAUGCUGUGGAACUGGAUCAGGUAGGGGGACAGGAUCCAGGGUCCCUUGAGGAGUUUUCUGUGAAUUUCACUGAGGAGGAAUGGGCUCUGCUGAAUCCUGACCAAAAAUCACUGUACAAAGAAAUCACAGAGGAGAUUUGUUACAAAACACAUUUCAAAGUCCACACAGGAGAGAAACCAUACAAAUGCUCGGAGUGUGGAAAAUGCUUUUGUCAAAGUUCUACCCUUAUUACCCAUAAAAGAAUCCAUACGGGGGAGAAACCACAUAAAUGCUUGGAGUGUGGAAAGAGCUUUUGUCAAAAGAAAAGUCUCACCAUUCACCAAAGAAGUCACACAGGGGAGAAACCGUAUAAAUGCUUGGAGUGUGGAAACAACUUCUCUCAGAAGAGAAAUCUCUCUAUUCAUCAAAGAAUUCACACAGGGGAGAAACCACAUAAGUGUUUGGAGUGUGGAAAAAGCUUUCGUCACAGUUGUAACCUUAUUACUCACCAAAAGAUACAUACAGGGAAGAAAUCAUAUAAAUGCUUUGAAUGUGGGAAGAGCUUCAUACAGAAGCCAAGUCUUACUCGUCAUCAAAGAAUUCACACAGGGGAGAAACCACACAAAUGCAUGGAGUGUGGAAAGAGCUUUCGCCACAGGUGUAACCUUAUUACUCAUCAAAGGAUCCAUACAGGGAAGAAACCAUAUAAAUGCUUGGAAUGUGGAAAGAGCUUCUGUCAGAAGACAUCUCUCACUACUCAUCAAAAACUUCACACAGGGUGGAAACCACAUAAAUGCUUGGAGUGUGGAAAAUGCUUCAUUCAGGGGGCUUACCUUAUUUUACAUCAAAGAUUUCAUACAGGGGAGAAACCGUAUAAAUGCUUACAAUGUGGAAAGAGCUUUUGUCAGAAAGCAGAUCUCACUAAUCAUCAAAAAAUUCACACAGGGGAGAAACUUUAUAAAUGCUUGGAAUGUGGAAAGAGCUUCUGUCAGAAGACAACUCUCACUGCUCAUCAAAGAAUUCAUACAGGGGAGAAACCACAUAGGUGCUUGGAGUGUGGAAAGAGCUUUACGGAGAAGGGAAGUCUCACUCGUCAUCAAAGAAUUCACACAGGAGAGAAGCCAUAUAAAUGCUUGGAAUGUGGAAAGAGCUUCCAUCGCAAGGGAAGUCUUACUAGUCAUCAAAGAAUUCACACAGGAGGGACACCUCAUACAUGCUUGGAGUGUGGAAAGAGCUUCACCGAAAUGGGAAGUCUCACUACUCAUCAAAGAAUUCACACUGGAGAGAAACUGCAUCAAUGCUUGCUAUGUGGAAGGGGCUUCUCUCAGAAAACAGAUCUGACUAAACAUCAAAGAAUUCACACUGGGGAGGAGCCUCACGUAUGCUUGGAGUGUGGAAAGAGCUUCACAGAGAAGGGAACUCUCACUGUCCAUCAACAAAUUCACACAGGGAGGGAACCACAUAAAUGUUUGCAAUGUGGAAAGAGCUUCUGUCUCAGGACAAAUCUCACUACUCAUCAAAGAAUUCACAUGGCGGAGAAACUGCAUAAAUGCUUGGAGUGUGGAAGGAGCUUCUCUCAGGAAACAGAACUGACUAGUCAUCAAAGAAUUCACACAGGGGGGAAUGCAUGCAUAAGAGCGGAGGAGGAACAGGGUCACUUUGAUGUUCUGCUCCCCUUCCCUGAUUUAAUCACCUUUUGUGCUUCGCUGAGACCUUGAAUUGCCCACUUUACUAAGUAUAUGUUGCUAUGAUAUGCUCCCAGGUAGAUUGGGAGGUAAAGAACCUGCAAUCGCAAACUUUUUCAAGCCCCUGUCCUAUGUGACCCACUGCAGGGGGCCGAGCCUGGUAUGUUCAAAAUCUCAUUAAAGACUUCUAAGUCUAAUAAAGAUGACCAGGCCUCCUCCCAAGAGACCACUAUGGAAGCUUCACAAACCACUACACUACAUGUGGACCUAGUAAAGAAGUGAGAGUUAGGGUUUAAAACUUUAGAGGAAAAGAUUACAUAACUUACCGACAGAGUCGAUGAAGCAGCUAAGUCUGCGGGAGAGGCCUUGUAUAUGAGCAUACAACUUCUAUCCAAUAUGCUUAAAUUAUUUAUUAAAAGCCAUUGAGACCUUCAGAAUCAUCUGGAUGAUGAGAUCAUCUCAGCAAGUAUUAGAGAAACUAACUUUAAAAAUAUGUAAUAGAAAGUAUACGGCACCCAUACAAGUGUUAAUGCAUUUCUUGUACAAUCAGCCCUAGUUUGCAUGGUUGCCCAAACAAGGACACAUGUUUGGUGGACGUGCCCAAGAGUUAUUUCAUGUUGAUCAGUAAUACAUCAAGCAAUUGUAAAUAUUGCAGGGGAGGAGGUGUUCCUGUUCCUUGUACAAUGGACAUGAGGCUGACUUGAAAUUGAAGAAUUUAAUUUCCAUAUUGUUGAUGGCAGCAGGACAGACUAUAGCGCAACACUGAAGGACUUUGGAUGGACUGGACUUAGCAGUGGGGUGGAAGGCAGGGAGGCCAACAAGAAGUGGGGCCAGAGCCAGUGACAGGCAGAGCCCCUCCUCCUUGCUCAAUUUUACAGGGAGGAGAAAGCUGACAGGCAGUGCCACCCCUUGGACUGGUUGUAAGUAAGAAAGCGCCAGAUGGGGGCUGGCAUAGGAAAAACUAAGGUUAGUAUAUCUCUUAGAUUUCUGUGGUGUCUAUAAGGAAAUCUGAGACCAUCCUGGCACCCAGGUAAGUCUUUAAUUAAAUACCAAUGCUUCUGAACUACAAUUCUGAUUUUUUUUAGAAUAGCUAUGAAAUGUCAGGGGAACAGCCAUUUUCUUUUAGUCUUUGAUGUCAAUAAUUCUGUCCCAUUCCUGCUUAGGGCCUUUCUCAAAUGUUUUGAUGGGUACCUUCACUAAUGAAGUUCCUCUGCAGGCACGCUAGUAUGCUACGUUAAAUGAUUCUUAUCAGGUAUAUGGAUAUUAGGUUUGAUCCCAGCCUGUUGUUCCAUAAUUGUCUGUUGGGGUAUCGUUCCUUUGUGCUCAGUUUGGCAUUGCACAAUCAGUCAUUCAGCCUCGUGGAGAACGCAGGCUUCAAGAGGACUCUUGUUAUCCCAUAUUUUACUGUGCUUUCUUGCACCAUCUUAAGCAGGAGGGCGAUUCCCCUCCCUGUACUAGGCAUGCAGGAAGAAAGCGCUUGACCAUCUCUGCAUUCUCUUGCGGGCAACCGCCCAGGGUCUGCAUGCCAGUGGUGGGUGUGGCCAAAGGCAAAAGUGGGAGGGGCAAUGGAUGUGACUCUUCCUUUCCAGCCUUACACAAAUCAGAGGAUUCCACAAGCUCACGUCCUUUCAGGCAUGCAGUGGGAAUUAUCACAGUUCAGAGACACCUCCCAGCCAGGCAAAAACAUUGGGGAGGGUGCAGAGCUCGGCCACAUUAGUCUCCCAAGCCUGACGUUCUCUGCCCUCGCUGUACACAGCAACAGAGAGGGAAGGAAACGGGUCCCGCCCCCCCACGCUUCGAGAAAGUCCACACCCAGAUAAACACUCUGCUUUUUCCGUGGUGUUUGGUUAAAAGUUGCAUCCGGCCAAAUUAAAAUUGUUCCCCUGGAAUGUGCAAUAUUUUUACUCAGCAUCCAGUAAAAAACAGCAUUUAAUUAAAAUGGAUGUCUUUGGAUUGAUUUGUGUGUGUGUGGUGCUGGCAAGCACUGAUUGUUGAUUUAAACUUCUAAGCAAGCUUUAAUUUGAUUAUCUGAGAGGGGAGAGGGUAUCCCUGUUUAAAAAUCAUGCAAACUCACGAUGUUCCUCUAUUUAUUUACUGACUUGAUCCAGCUUUUACCUCCUUGCCAUUUUGUGACUGGCCAGCUUCCCUGCAGAAAGUUCAUGAUUGGCCGCGCUCUCCAGAGGCAGUUUCUCUAAACUCUGCAAUGUGCUCGCAGGUCCCAAAAGGCUGGAGAACCCUGCCAUAGACAUUCCCAACUGGCAAAAACAACAGGAAUCUUCAGAUCCUCCGUCUGUCUGCUCAGUCUUAGCAGAAACCGAUUUAGCCUACAUCAGAUGAGCUCCACCAGGGUCCUUCCUCAAGUGUCACCGAGCAGUAGCCGUUCCACCAGACUAUUUGGCAUGAGGAAAGGAGGAGGAUUGUGGGGCCUCUCCAUUUUCCCUCCUGAAAGAUCAGCAGCAUUUGGUUCCUUCUCUCCUUGCAUUCCUGCUACUCAUCACCAGGACUCUGUAACAAAGGAAUAGUGCCUGGGUUGUUUUGUUCCUCUCCUCCCUCCAGAUAGUCUCUCCUUUUGUGUCAUGUCAUUCAGACUGUGCACCUAAGAGCAGGGUUUGUUCUUUAUUAAUGAUAUUUGUAAGCCCUUCUGGAGAGUCUUGUUUGUUUUUGUCUGAGGAACAGGAUAAAAACAUUUUUGGUAAA